AUGGUAAAUCAGAAGCGAGAAUCUUGUAGAGAUCAAGCACUAACAAAUCAUGGUGCUGAGAAACAGGUGGAGUUAGAGAUUGACGUUGAGAAAAUGAAUCAAGAAGAAGACACAAAUCAGCCGAGUAAUUUAGGUACUAACCAACCUGAAGUAGAACAACUAGAUGAACCCGACAACAGGGAUGUUAAUGAAGAAACUAGUGAAGAACCAUACAACAUUGCUACUGGCAGAGACAAACGAGUAAUUCAGAAACCUAUAAGAUAUCAUAACUCUGCUACUUGUGUACUUGACUUGUCAAAUGCAGAUCAUAUAGCCUUUUCUUUGGAUUUAGAGGAUG